AUGGUUGGCUGUAUGCCGGGUGAAAACGAGAAGCUGCGAGAGUGUAUCUCCAUCCAUAUUGGCCAGGCCGGAGUCCAGAUGGGCAAUGCAUGCUGGGAGCUCUACUGCCUGGAACAUGGCAUCCAGCCCGACGGCUACAGACCAGACGGCAGCAGCACUGGCGGGACAGACGGCUCCUUCAACACCUUCUUCUGCGAGACGUCGGCUGGGAAACACGUGCCCAGGGCCAUCUUUGUGGAUCCAGAACCCUCUGUGAUCGAUCAGGUCCGUGUUGGUACCCACCGCCUGCUCUUCCACCCCAAGCAGCUCGUGACUGGGAAGGAAGAUUCUGCCAACAACUACGCUCGUGGGCGCUACAGCGUCGGUAUUGGGAUGAUAGAGCCCGUCUUGGAUAGGAUUCGGAAACUGGCUGACCAGUGCACGGGUCUCCAAGGCUUCCUGGUGUUCCAUAGCUUUGGUGGAGGUACUGGUUCUGGCUUCACCUCCCUGCUGAUGGACCGUCUGACUGCCGACUACAGCAAGAAGUCCAAGCUGGAGUUCUGCAUCUACCCGGCUCCACGGAUCUCCACCGCUGUAGUGGAGCCCUACAACUCCAUCCUGACCACCAGCACCACCCUGGACCACACUGACUGCUCCUUCAUGGUGGAUAAUGAAGCCAUCUACGACAUCUGCCAGAAGCACCUGGGCGUCGAGUGUCCAGGCUACGUGAACCUCAACAGGCUCAUUGGCCAGAUCGUCUCGUCGAUCACCACCUCCCUCCGCUUUGACGGGGCCCUGAACGUGGAUCUGAUAGAAUUCCAGACCAACUUGGUGCCCUAUCCCCGAAUCCACUUCCCCCUGGUCACCUACGCCCCGGUCAUCUCGGCCGAGAAGGCUCACCAUGAACAAAUGUCCGUGGCCGAGAUCACCAAGUCUUGCUUUGAGCCGGCCAACCAGAUGGUCAAGUGCGACCCUCGCUAUGGCAAGUACAUGGCUUGUUGUCUGCUUUACCGCGGUGAUGUGGUGCCAAAGGACGUCAACGCUGCCAUUGGUGCCAUCAAGACCAAACGAACCAUCCAGUUUGUGGACUGGUGCCCGACUGGGUUCAAGUUUGGCAUCAACUACCAGCCUCCCACUGCGGUGCCCGGUGGUGACCUGGCCAAGGUGCAGCGUGCAGUGUGUAUGCUGAGCAACACCACUGCCAUCGCUGAGGCUUGGGCACGGCUCGACCACAAGUUUGACCUGAUGUACGCCAAGCGCGCCUUCGUGCAUUGGUACGUGGGGGAGGGGAUGGAGGAGGGAGAGUUCUCCGAGGCCCGUGAAGACAUGGCAGCCUUGGAGAAGGAUUACGAGGAGGUUGGAGCUGACAGCACAAACAAUGCUAAUGAAGGAGAGGAAUUCUGAGUCACUCCCAACCCUGG